UUUCUUAUGUUGACCCAGGGACUUCAUUCCUUAUACCUCAUCUAAUAUAAGACAAACAGUGAUUAAUCACUGUAUUAUAAUAAUAAUAAUAAUAAUAAUAAUAAUAAUACAAUAUAUAAUAUAAGACCAAGAAUAAUCUAUCACUAUAUUGCAAUAAUAAUAAUAAUAAUAAUGAAAUAUCUUGUGUUGAUCCAGGGACAUCAUAUUAUCCAGGGACUUUAUUCCUUAUAGCUUAUCUAAUAUAAGACAAACAGUGAUUAAUCACUGUAUUUUAAUAAUAAUAAUAAUAAUAAUAAUAAUAAUAAUAAUGAUAAUUAAUAUUACUACUACUAAUAAUAAUAAUGAUUACAUUUAUUUUGUUGUCCCACGGGCCAUCAUUCCUUAUAGCGCAUUCAAUAAGUUUAAGUUUUCUCUCAUUUUACAAUUAUCACUGCAUGAAACCAAUUUAAAUUUCUUAAUGUUAACAUUAACAUUCUUCUUUGCACAGAUAGUGUUCAUCUAUGGAGAAAGAUAAAGGGUAAACAUUAAACAAUAUUAAAUUACAAUUAAAAUAUUGUCUGUAUAUAAACCGGAAAUGUUUUUGUAUUUUUUCCUUUGAGGUCCUUUGGUUUGCCUUUAUUGACGAAAGAGUCACUUGCAACAUUAGACAAUGAAAUGUGGCUGAAUGACAUUGUCAUGGACAUUGUAUUGAAGUAAUUCUUUUGAAGCAUCAUAAAACUGCAAAUCAAAAUAUUCUUAGCAAUAAUUUUCUACUAAAUCUUUCUAGGUCUGUUCAUGAUGAACUAGGACGUCAUAAAAGGCAGAAAUCUUUGAUCUACCCAGUGCAUUUUUACACUAAAUUGAAAAACAGGUAGGAGUUACUGAUAUGUUAAGAAAGAUCAUUAAAUUCAUAAAAAAGAUCAUUAAAUUAAUUUGAAUUACACCGCAAGUUUCUCUUUAUAUGUUUGUAGAUUAUCAUGCUACAGUGUCUAGUGUUGCAUGGGCUUUGAAGAAGCCAUGUACUGUCAUAGUUAUAUAUUGAAUCGUAUUAUUGAAAAAUUUCUGUAACCAUAUGAUUUAUCAUGUCAUCUAUGCAAUUGUAGUGGAUUUUCAGGUGUUGUCAACAAAACAUGAGGACAUUUUUCGAAAGGACAAUCUUUUGAUAGUCGAGAAUGCUCUUGGAAACCACUGGAGACUCAUGAUUGUGUGCUUCCCUGGAAACGAAGAAGUGGAACACAUCAAAAGGGGGCGAAAAUUGGUGCAAAGUAUGAGGCCUUGCAUUUUAAUGCUAGACUCCCAAUCUGAGCAAGUGAGUGACAGCAUGGAUGUGUUCCAAAACAUUCGAAGUUACUUAACAGAAAUGUGGAAAAACACAAGAAAAACACCCCGGAUAUUUUCUGCAGAGUCUAUGCCAGCCCUGAAAUUGAGGGUACCUGAACAGCAAGGAAACACUUCUGAGUGUGGCAUAUUUGUAUUACUCUAUGCAGAGAAUUUUCUGAAGGAUCCUCCCAAAGAACUAAUCAAUGAGCUUGACUGUACAUCCUGGUUUACACUGGCCGAUGCAUCUUCAAGGCGUGCACAGAUCAGGGACAAAAUGCGAAGCAGUUUAGAAGCACAGAGAAGUGAAGCAGAGGAAAACAAAGCAGAAGAAAGAGAAAGUGAAGAAGAGCAAAUGGUUGACGAGAGAGGGCAAGAGGAAAACAUAGCCAAGAAAAGAAAAAUAGAAGGUAGAGAGGAAGAAAACAUACCUGAGGAAAGAGAAAAGGACAAAACAGCUCAGGGAGGAAACUAUACAGUUCUGGGAAGGCUGUCAGUGCCAGGCACCAAAAGAAAAUACGCAGUCACUCAAGAUGAACUGAAGGGGAUAAUAAAGGCAGAAAACAUGUCAAACAACAUGUUGAGAAGCUUGAUUAGGGUUCGUAAAGAGGAUCUCCCUCAGGAGCUCAGAGAGCAACGGCCAAUAAAAGCCAAGACCAAAAUUAGCAUAUUCUCUGCUCUCAGUGAAGGGGAGGCCACAGAUUUAGCCCAGGAGCUGGGAGCCAUGUAAACCUAGGCAUGCUUGCAGGUGUUCCCAGUGCGCAGGCAGACAUUGCAAAGAAUACACUCUGCACUCUCCAGUGCUUGCUCCGAGAAAAAAUGGGAGAGGAAUCUCCUUUUAGUCUGCUGACCCAUAUAUUAGGACCACAAGUCAUAGAUGUUGUCAUCUCAUUUUUAAUUAGUCAGUUUAAGUUAAUUAAAACAAAACUUAAUUAAGUAAUGUUACAGUUAAUUAAUUUAAAUAUACAACAUAUCACUGUUAGAGAACACAUUCAGACAGCAGAGUAAUGUUAAACAUUCGUGGUUUACUUAGCUUAAUUUACAAUAAAAGAUUACAUUAUUUUUUUCAGAUUUGUUUUAAAAAAAAAACAGCAGUCUCUUUCACUUCAUUUCUCAUAUGCACACUUACAUGCAAGUUCAUUUUAAAUGUAUAUUUUAAUUUGUUACAGUGCCUUAGUUAUUUGUUUUAGUUUUUUUGUUUUUCAUAUCUACAUUCAUUCUUAGAAUUUAGUUAGUCGCCUUUUGAAAUUCUUUCUAUACUUUUGUUUCAUGUUUUUUGCUCUGUGUGGAAACAGUGGUCUUAUCUGUCUUGUCAAAUCUGUAGUUACAGCUGUAAAUGCCAUUCCAGUCACGCUGGCAUUUGUUACACUGUCAUGCAGGUUUUUAAUUUGCUGGCUAAUGUGCUGAGGAAUGUUCUGCCAUUUCUGCACAGUCUCCAGUAUUUCAUUUAAUUUCUGCACUUAAGUUUUAGAGUGGUUUGCUUCAGUGUUCACAUUUAACUGCAUUGACAUGUCUUCUUGCCACAAAGUAGGUACAUCUCUUGUUAAUAUGACAUCAAAUAAUUCACAUGCCAGUAGAAGGCAAGCACAUUUCUCAUUGUAAGAGAAUGUACAACAGGUACACUGAAAUGUUGCUGCAGAAGUGUAGUAAAUCCUCUCAUUACAUAAACUUUUUACAUCUACCUCUUUUGUGUCAAAGCACAGAAUGGAGUAAAGCUUUUUUUGCUUAAUUACACUAGCAUGUGCAUUUAUUUGAUAAUUCAAAGCAGGAAACUCCUAAGAAUGAUGUUCACUCAGCAAAUCAGUAAGUACAAGGUGUUUACAGCGAUGUCCUCUGAAAACUUUCAGAUGGACAAACUUUGUAGGAUAGACCAGGGGUUUGUUCUGAUGGAACUUCAUAAAGGUAUGUGUCGUGGGAUAUAAGAUUAAUGCUAUCUUGCCAACCUUUUUCCACCAAUCUAGAGGCUGACUUAAGUAUUUCUCCUGACUUCAAAGAGGCAUUUUUCAUUCAUUUUCAUUGCCUGCAAAUAAUGAAUGACCUGGAAGUACCCAUCUGUCUUUGUGAUGAGAAUGCUGAUAAGAUCAUCCAGUCUACGGUUCCUAAUGCCACCCAAAAACUGAUAUUUUAAGCGAUGGAAAAAUCUAAUUAGACAACCAAAGAAAAACAAUACAUGUUUUGAUAUGAUUGUGUUUGAUUUUUGAUAUAACUACAUUCUAAAUGCUUCUAUUACAUUAUUUGCAUUAACUCAAAAUGAAGUUGCAUAAGUUUAAUUUCAAAUAUUACCCUUCAACAAGAUUGUUUGUAUCAGAGUCAGCAUGGUUAUAGCACCGUCCAAAGGUCAGACCAUGUGUGUCCUAUUUCCAGCCAGUGAUCCUUGAAGUAUGAGCAAAGAGCU